UGAUAUAAAAGAAAAACUAUUACCAUAGUUGUGUCUUAGGAUAGAAAAAGUGACAAUCGAUAAUAUUCCUUGAAGAAAAUUUUUGAUCCAUAUUUAUAAAUAAAAUGUAUAACGAAAAAUAUUUUAAUUAAAAAUUUUAUUGAUUAGGUUAUUUACUUGAUACAAUAAAAGAUGAAGAAAAAAGAGAUAAAAAAUGUUUAUCACAUGAAAUUGAACGACUUUUUACAAUUCGUACUUGUCAAAUAAAUCGAUGUCAACGUUGUUCAAUUGAAUCCUAUCGUGAAGAAACAAGUAAUUAUUUGUUUCUUCCAAUUCCAACAUUGGAUAAUCAACAUGAUAAUUUAAAUUAUAAUCAAUCAGCUACACCUAUAUCAAUAUUGAAAAAUGGUUUAAAAUUUUAUGCAGCAUCAAAUGGAAAUUCAACAUCAGAUGAUCAAGCAAAAUCAAUUGCUACAUCUCUUGUUCAAUCUAAUCCAAUAAAUCGAUCUUCAUUACCAAAUUUAUCUUCAAAUUCUUCUGUUCAAUCACGUUCUCCACCAUCAUCCUAUAUUAAUAUAACAAAUACAAUACAUAAUUCAUCAAAUCUUCAAUUUGUUUUUGAUUGUUAUUUUCAAAAAGAAGAAUUAAAAGAUGAUAAUCAAUAUCGAUGUGAACAUUGUCGAUCACUACAAGAUGCUGAACGAUAUACUAUUCUUAAAAUAGCACCUGAAUAUUUAAUAUUAUCUUUAAAUCGUUUUGAAUAUGAUAAAAAAACAAAUACAUUUCGUAAAGUUUUUACUAAAAUAAAUUAUCCUAAAGUACUCAAUGUUAAUAUUAAUCCAUCACAAAAUUCACGAAAUAAUUCUAUUUUAACAAAAUAUUGUCUUGUUCUUAUUAUUGUUCAUACUGGUUAUACAUUACAUGGUGGUCAUUAUUAUGUAUAUGCUAGAGAAAUAAAACCAUUAUUAACAAAACUAAAUAAUAAUGAACAAGAAGAUUAUUUUUCAAAUGAUGAAUGGUUUUUAUUAAAUGAUGAUCUUGUACAAAUGUCUUCUUAUGAAGCAAUGAUUGAAAAUUGUGCUCAAUAUACAUCAGCUACACCUUAUAUUCUCUUCUAUAAACGUAUUGAUAAACAACGUAUUGAAGAAAUGGAAAAAACUAAACAAAUACAUGUACAUAAAAGUCUUAUGGAACAAAUUCAUGAAGAUAAUUUAAUUUAUGAACAUGAAUGA